AUGAGUAAAAGACAUGAUAUAAAAAGGAAUUUCUUUUUUUGGAUUCCUGUUAAAAACAACAAAAUCAACGUAGCACCGAAACUUAAGCCAAAGGAUCGUGUGGUAACAUUUCAAGAAUCGCUCAAAGCAACUUUGAUUGCUGGGCAAAUGUUUUCUUUAAUGCCAGUUAACGGAAUUUCCAGUGACAAGGCAUCUGAUGUAAAUUGUUUCAUUGUAUUGUCUUUGGCUCUCUUUGAACACAUCCUGUCCCUGCUAUCAGCAUUCGCAGGUGCUAUGGUUUGUUAUCCUAAUAUAAAUUUGUACGAAGGAUUCUCGCGACACUUUUACCCGUGGGUCUUCGAUUAUUUACCCUUUUCCUGGGUACUGGGUCCCCUUACUCAGUUUUUCCAUUUUCAAGCGACGUUUAUAUGGAAUUUCACAGACUUAUUCGUGAUAUGCAUAAGCUACUAUUUGACAUCGAGAUUGGAACAAGUGAACAAGAAACUAUUAUCUGCGCAAGGAAAGUACUUGCCUGAAGCGUUCUGGAGGACAUCACGGGAAGACUAUGGUCGAGUGACGCAAAUGGUACGCAGAGUCGAUGACGUCACCAGUGGCAUAGUUUUCAUCUCUUUCGCCAAUAACCUGUUUUUUAUUUGCUUGCAACUCUUUAAUACUUUGGAAGAUGGCAUCAAGGGUACUGGAGAAUGCAGUAGCCGAGUUCCAGGCAAUACCCACCACGCGAAACUACUAGGCGGAUAUGAAGCAGCAACAUACUUCCUGUUCUCCUUAGUGUUCCUCAUCAGUCGAUCUGUGGCCGUUUCUUUGAUUGCUUCACGAGUGAACUCAGCAUCAAACACCCCGGCUACCGUGUUGUAUGACGUGCCGUCUCCUGUAUAUUGUGUUGAGGUCCAGAGAUUCUUAGAUCAUGUGAAUGGAGACAAUGUAGCUCUUAGCGGACUUCAGUUUUUUAGCGUCACAAGAGGAUUACUGUUAACUGUUGCGGGAACCAUAAUUACUUACGAACUAGUGAUGGUACAAUUUAAUUCGCCUUCGUCAUCGAAUUCAACAACAACUGUAGCACCAUUUCUUACGACACCUACUCCUUAG